AUUUCUGGGAGAUUUGAAAAAGAAAGCGACCAACAAGGCACACAUUGAGGCUUCAAUUUGUCAAGCAUAUAUUCAACAAGAAACCUCAACGUUUUCAUCUUUUUAUUUUGAGCGUGAAGUAAUCAGUAAAAGAAAGAGACCUGCUCGGAACGAUGACAUUGGCGAGGAUUCAUAUGAUAAAGUAGUUUCUAUUUUCAACUACCCAGGUAGAGGUAAAGGAGAUGCGACUUACCGUUACAUCGUGGGCGGAGAAAUGAAAAUUGCACAUACUUACAUCCUCAUGAAUUGUCCAGAAAUCUUACCAUUUUAUAAUGAAUUUAGAGCGUCUUUAUCAGCAUUUCCUGAUGAUGCAAUUGAUGCAAUUGUGGACUCUGACUUUGCAUUAUGGUACCAACAGCAGAUCAGGUACCGUGGGAUUAACGACCCUCUGUUAGUAUCAUUAUCGUGGGGCCCUUCUUCCUAUGCAAAGGUUUGGCAUUCAUAUGUGAUAAACGGUUAUACGUAUCACACAGUUGAAUAUGGAGAAGGUCGACCAACAAUGAACAGCGGGUUAUGUGUCCCGACCAUCGGUUCUGAUAACUCGGAAACCAAUUUUUUGGUUUCUUGCAUGAGAUUCUCGAACUUCAAAUGCCUUCUGGUUUGCAAGAAUUAACAUGCGUGUUGUUUCGCUGCACAUGGGUCGACCCUACACGUGGUGUGAGAAAAAAUUCAAAGUAUAAUAUAAUUGACGUCAACCACUCUCGUGUGUAUCAGAAAAAUGAGCCAUUUAUACUCGCUCAACAAGCAGCCCAGGUUUAUUAUGCAGAGUAUCCUUCAACGAGGCGCACACGGAAUCCUUGGGUGUGUGCCAUUAAUAUCCGUCCGAGCAAAAUUGUAACACAGGCUCAACAAAGGGAUAUUGACUUUGAUGCUUUUCAGCAAGAUUUUUUUCACCCUCCGCCUAUUGCUGAUACGGUCAACCAUAACAUUCAGUUAAGUGACCCAAAUGGCGGAGAUGUUGAAGUUAUGC